GAGGGGCCUAGAUAAAUUAAUGUGUGAGUGAUAGGUGAAGGGCCAAAGAAUCAGAGAUGGAGAAUAUGUAUUCCUGUGACUCACACAAAAGAUAUUCAGCAUUCCUGGCCAUCAGCCUGAACUCUUACAAUGGUGCACCUCUGAGUGCCAGGGCACCGAAAGAUUGGCUUGUUUAGCGUGUUUGAUGUGGAGGGGGCUCACAGGUCAGAUGUCCUUGGCCUUAUAGGGUUAGGGCAAUCGAGGUUAUAAAUCCCAUCUCUGCUAUUGUGCUGAAUCUCGGCAUACUGUCCAUCGGUCCCUGUGUGGUUUUUCGUGUGAGGAAUCGCAAACACCUGGAGCCUCCAUCUGCAUCUGCUGUCUGUCAUUAACCUAACAGGUUAACAAUGGGUGAUGCUGAAAUGGCAGUUUUUGGGGCCGCAGCUCCUUACCUGCGGAAGUCCGACAGGGAGCGUCUAGAGGCGCAAACGAAAAUAUUCGACUUAAAGAAGGAAUGCUUUGUGCCAGAUACAGUGGAGGAGUUUGUUAAAGCCAGCAUCAUAAGUCGAGAGGGUGACAAAGUCACUGUGGAGACACAGGGAGGGAAGACUGUCACUGUCAAAGAGAGUGAUAUUAUGCAACAGAAUCCCCCCAAAUUUGAUAAAAUUGAAGACAUGGCGAUGUUGACCUUUCUCCAUGAGCCUGCUGUGCUGUAUAACCUCAAAGAGCGCUAUGCAGCAUGGAUGAUCUAUACGUACUCAGGGCUGUUCUGUGUCACCGUCAACCCUUACAAGUGGCUGCCAGUGUACAAUCAGGAGGUUGUUACAGCCUAUAGAGGGAAGAAGAGGAGUGAAGCUCCUCCUCACAUCUAUUCCAUCUCUGAUAACGCCUACCAGUACAUGCUGGCAGACCGAGAAAACCAGUCUAUUCUUAUCACUGGAGAGUCUGGUGCUGGGAAAACUGUGAAUACUAAAAGAGUCAUUCAGUACUUUGCCAGCAUUGCAGCAAGUGGAGUGAAGAAGGACUUGGCUGCUCAGAACAAGGGAACCCUGGAGGAUCAAAUUAUCCAGGCUAACCCUGCAUUGGAGGCCUUUGGUAAUGCUAAGACCAUCAGAAAUGACAACUCCUCAAGAUUUGGAAAAUUUAUUCGAAUUCACUUCGAUACAAGGGGGAAACUGGCAUCUGCUGACAUUGAAACAUAUCUCCUGGAGAAGUCUCGUGUGACCUUUCAAUUAAAGGCUGAGAGAGACUAUCACAUCUUCUAUCAAAUCUUGUCCAACAAAAAACCUGAGAUCCUUGAGAUGCUACUAGUGACAGCAAACCCCUAUGACUACGCAUUCAUCUCUCAGGGAGAGACCACAGUUCCUUCCAUUGAUGAUGCUGAGGAGUUAAUUGCCACCGAUAGUGCCUUUGAUGUAUUGGGCUUCACACAAGAAGAAAAGAACUCUGUGUACAAACUGACUGGAGCCAUUAUGCACUACGGCAACAUGAAGUUCAAGCAAAAGCAGCGUGAGGAACAAGCAGAAUCUGAUGGAACUGAAGAUGCUGACAAAGCAGCAUAUCUAAUGGGUCUAAAUUCUGCUGACCUCAUUAAGGGGCUUUGCCAUCCAAGGGUCAAAGUUGGAAAUGAGUGGGUCACCAAAGGACAAAAUGUCCAGCAAGUGAACUAUUCUAUCGGAGCCUUAUCAAAAUCAGUGUAUGAGAAAAUGUUUCUCUGGAUGGUAGUGAGAAUCAACCAGUCUCUGGAGACAAGGCAGCCUCGCCAGUACUUCAUUGGAGUGUUGGAUAUUGCUGGCUUUGAGAUCUUUGAUUUCAACACCUUUGAGCAACUCUGCAUUAACUUUACCAAUGAGAAACUGCAACAGUUUUUCAACCACCACAUGUUUGUGCUGGAACAAGAGGAGUACAAGAAAGAAGGGAUAGAAUGGGAGUUUAUUGACUUUGGCAUGGACUUACAGGCCUGCAUCGAUCUCAUUGAGAAACCUAUGGGCAUCAUGUCGAUCCUUGAAGAGGAAUGCAUGUUCCCCAAAGCCAGUGAUACAACCUUUAAAGCAAAGCUUUAUGACAACCACCUUGGGAAAUCAAACAACUUCCAGAAACCCAGGCUUGUGAAGGGCAAACCAGAGUCUCACUUUGCCCUGGUUCACUAUGCUGGUAUAGUGGAUUACAACAUCAACAACUGGCUGGUAAAGAAUAAGGACCCCCUCAAUGAAACUGUGGUUGGACUGUACCAGAAAUCUUCACUGAAAUUGUUGGCUUUAUUGUUUGCCAACUAUGCAAGUGCAGAUGCAGCUGACAGUGCAAGUGGAAAAAAAGAAAAGAAGAAGAAAGGGUCAUCUUUCCAGACAGUGUCUGCACUUCACAGGGAGAAUCUUAACAAGCUAAUGACAAACCUGAGAUCAACCCACCCUCAUUUUGUACGGUGCAUCAUCCCCAAUGAAACAAAGACUCCUGGUGCAAUGGAGAACCCUUUGGUCAUGCACCAACUGCGCUGUAACGGUGUACUAGAAGGCAUUAGGAUCUGCAGGAAGGGCUUCCCCAACAGAAUCCUCUAUGGGGACUUUAAACAGAGAUAUCGCAUCUUAAACCCUACAGCUAUCCCUGAGGGACAGUUCAUAGACAGCAAGAAAGGAGCAGAGAAACUGCUGGGUUCUCUGGAGAUCGACCACCAGCAGUACAGGUUUGGGCACACUAAGGUAUUUUUUAAGGCUGGUCUUCUUGGCCAACUGGAGGAGAUGAGAGAUGAGCGUCUAUCAAAAAUAAUCACUUCAAUUCAAGCAAGGUCUCGUGGACUUCUCUCAAGGGCUGAGUACCAAAAGAUGGUAGAACGCAGGGAUGCCUUGCUUGUGAUUCAGUGGAAUGUACGUGCAUUCAUGAGUGUCAAGAAUUGGCCCUGGAUGAAACUCUUCUUUAAAAUUAAACCAUUACUGAGAUCUGCCGAAGCAGAGAAGGAAAUGGCCAAUAUGAAAGAGGAGUUCUUGAAGCUCAAGGAAGCUUAUGCAAAGUCUGAAGCUCGUAGAAAAGAACUUGAGGAAAAAAUGGUGACUCUUCUUCAAGAAAAGAAUGACCUUCAACUUCAAGUGCAGGCGGAACAAGACAAUCUCUGUGAUGCUGAAGAGCGGUGUGAAGGUCUGAUCAAAAAUAAGAUUCAGAUGGAGGCUAAAACCAAAGAGCUCACAGAGCGGCUUGAGGACGAGGAGGAGAUGAACGCAGAGCUGACAGCUAAGAAGAGAAAGCUGGAGGAUGAGUGCUCUGAGCUGAAGAAAGAUAUUGAUGAUCUGGAGCUGACUUUGGCUAAAGUGGAGAAAGAGAAGCAUGCUACUGAGAACAAGGUUAAGAACCUGACAGAAGAAAUGGCAGCUUUAGAUGAUAUCAUUGCCAAGCUGACAAAAGAGAAAAAGGCCUUGCAGGAAGCUCAUCAGCAGACACUGGAUGACCUGCAAAGUGAGGAGGACAAAGUCAACACCCUCACCAAGGCAAAAGUAAAGCUAGAGCAGCAGGUGGAUGAUCUUGAAGGAUCUCUAGAGCAAGAAAAGAAAAUCCGAAUGGAUCUAGAAAGAGCUAAGAGGAAACUUGAAGGAGAUUUGAAGUUAACCCAGGAGAGCAUAAUGGACCUGGAGAAUGACAAGCAGCAACUGGAAGAACGACUGAAGAAAAAGGACUUUGAAACCAGUCAGCUCAACAGCAGAAUUGAUGAUAACCAAAACAUAAUUAUCCAACUACAAAAGAAAAUCAAGGAGCUGCAGGCUCGAGUUGAGGAGUUGGAGGAAGAGCUUGAGGCAGAAAGAGCUGCCAGAGCCAAGGUGGAGAAACAGAGAGCAGAAUUAGCCAGAGAGCUGGAAGAGAUCAGUGAGAGACUGGAGGAGGCUGGAGGAUCUACAGCUGCUCAGAUUGAGAUGAAUAAGAAACGAGAGGCAGAGUUUCUGAAACUUCGCAGAGACCUUGAAGAGGCCACUCUGCAGCACGAGGCCACUGCCGCCACACUGAGAAAGAAACAAGCUGACAGUGUGGCAGAACUUGGAGAGCAGAUAGACAAUUUGCAGAGAGUCAAGCAAAAAUUGGAAAAGGAGAAAAGUGAACUCAAGCUGGAGCUGGAUGAUGUGGUCUCCAGCAUGGAGCAUAUCGUCAAGUCCAAGACUAAUAUGGAGAAAAUGAACAGAACCCUGGAAGAUCAAAUGAAUGAAUUCCGUAACAAGUGUGAAGAAACUCAAAGGACCCUGAAUGACUUUACAACCCAGAAGGCAAAGCUUCAGGCAGAAAAUGAUGAAUUUGCAAGACAGUUAGAAGAAAAGGAAUCAUUAAUCUCUCAGCUGACAAGGGGUAAGAACUCCUUUAGUCAACAACUGGAGGACCUGAAAAGGCAGUUAGAUGAAGAAAUUAAGGCGAAGAAUGCUCUUGCCCAUGCACUGCAGUCAGCCCGUCAUGAUACAGAUCUGCUCAGAGAGCAGUAUGAGGAGGAGCAGGAGGCCAAAGCAGAGCUACAGAGAAGCAUGUCUAAAGCUAAUUCUGAGGUGGCUCAGUGGAGAUCCAAGUAUGAAACUGAUGCCAUACAGAAGACUGAGGAGCUGGAGGAAGCCAAGAAGAAACUAGCACAACGUUUGCAGGAGGCUGAGGAGGCCGUGGAGGCAGUAAAUGCUAAAUGCUCUUCCCUUGAAAAGACUAAACACAGACUCCAGAAUGAAAUCGAAGAUUUGAUGGUGGAUGUGGAGAGAUCCAACACUGCUGCUGCAGCUUUAGACAAGAAACAAAGAAACUUUGAUAAGGUCUUAUCUGAAUGGAAACAGAAGUAUGAGGAGUCUCAGUGUGAAUUGGAGAGCUCUCAGAAGGAGGCAAGAUCUUUGAGCACAGAACUGUUCAAGCUGAAGAACUCCUAUGAGGAAUCGUUGGAUCACCUGGAGACCAUGAAGAGAGAGAACAAGAUUCUGCAAGAGGAGAUCUCUGAUCUCACCGAACAGCUUGGCGAGAAUGGGAAGACAAUCCAUGAGUUGGAGAAGGUCCGUAAGCAGCUGGAACAAGAAAAAGCAGAGAUACAAGCUGCUCUAGAAGAGGCUGAGGGUUCUCUGGAGCACGAGGAGGGUAAAAUCCUGAGGGCCCAGCUAGAAUUCAACCAAAUAAAAGCUGACAUUGAGCGCAAGCUGACUGAGAAAGAUGAGGAAUGGGAGCAGUCAAAGAGAAACCAACAGAGGACCAUAGACACCUUGCAAAGUGCUUUGGAGUCUGAAACUCGUAGCAGGAAUGAGGCUCUCAGGAUAAAGAAGAAGAUGGAAGGAGAUCUAAAUGAAAUGGAGAUCCAGCUGAGCCAGGCUAACAGACAGUCAGCUGAGGCUCAAAAACAACUCAAGUCUGUCCAGGCCCAUCUGAAGGACUCCCAGCUUCAGCUUGAUGACUCUCUUCGAGCCAAUGAUGAUCUGAAGGAGAACAUUGCAAUUGUAGAAAGACGCAAUACCUUGCUUCAGGCCGAACUGGAGGAGCUUAGGGCUGUUCUGGAACAAACAGAGCGGGGACGCAAACUUUCUGAGCAAGAGCUGCUUGAUGUCACUGAGAGAGUACAGCUUCUGCAUUCUCAGAACACCAGUCUCAUAAACCAGAAGAAGAAGCUGGAGGCUGAUGCAUCUCAGCUUCAGAGUGAGGUGGAAGAGGCAGUGCAAGAAUGCAGGAAUGCUGAAGAAAAAGCCAAGAAGGCCAUCACUGAUGCUGCCAUGAUGGCUGAGGAACUGAAGAAGGAACAGGAUACAAGUUCUCACCUGGAGCGUAUGAAGAAGAACAUGGAGCAGACCAUUAAAGAUCUGCAGCACCGUCUGGAUGAAGCAGAACAAAUUGCUAUGAAGGGAGGAAAGAAACAAGUUCAGAAACUGGAGGCUAGGGUAAGAGAGCUGGAAGGUGAAGUUGAGGCUGAACAGAAGAGAAGCAGUGAGUCUGUGAAGGGAAUCCGUAAAUAUGAACGCCGCAUCAAGGAGCUUACAUAUCAGACCGAAGAGGACCAUAAAAACAUAGCCCGUCUUCAGGAUUUGGUCGACAAGCUGCAACUAAAAGUCAAAGCUUACAAAAGAGCCACAGAGGAAGCUGAAGAACAGGCAAACAAUCACCUCGGCAAAUUCCGUAAGCUGCAGCAUGAACUAGAUGAGGCAGAGGAAAGGGCUGAUAUUGCUGAAUCUCAAGUGAACAAACUACGUGCCAAAAGUCGUGAUGUGGGGCCAAAGAAAGGAUUUGAUGAAGAGUGAAGUCCUGGAAAUCUUCUGAAAUCACCUUUAUUUGUUUGCCUUUCUCUCUGAGUGUACACUAUUGUGUUUCCUCACUUACAUGAAAUAAAGUCAUUCUGCAUCUA